AUGUCUGAUCAUCUCGUGGAGCUCGCAAAGUCGCACUUGACCAACAUACCGGUGUCUCUGAUCUCGCAAGGUGCCGAGUCGUUGAUCUUCACCACGACGACGCAUCCGUACAUGGAGACCAGCGAUGAGGGUCAGCAGUACAUCGUCAAGUUCCGUCCACCAAAGAAGUACCGCCAUCCACAGCUGGAUGCCCAGCUGACGAAGCGUCGAACUCUUGCGGAGGCCCGUCUGCUGCAGAGGUUGUACGGUGCUGAUGGGAUAAGCGUGCCUUCAAUCAUCGCUGUUGAUGCCCGUAACGGGAUCCUCUGGCUCGAAUACAUAGGCCAGCAGAUUGAGAACGGGGUGAGCUCGCUGAAGAACUACCUCUGGCUCGAGGACUCGAAGGCAGACUACGAGUCUCUGCUGAGGGCGGUCGGGGACAUGAUCGCCAGAUUGCACCAGAUGGGCAUAGUCCAUGGUGAUCUGACCACUUCGAACGUGAUGCUACAGAAGCAUGGUAGCCAGUGGGCCCCAUGUCUCAUAGACUUUGGCCUAGGCUUCACAAGUGACCUCGUUGAGGACAAGGCGGUGGACCUGUACGUGCUGGAGAGAGCCAUCCUCAGUACACACCCUGUACAUAGCGACAACUACAACUCAUGGCUGAUGGAAGGGUAUAAGAAGGGCUACGGCAAGGACCAAGGCAAGUUCAAGCAGGUGAUGAAGCGGUACGAGGAUGUUAGGAUGAGAGGUAGAAAGAGAAGCAUGCUCGGUUAG